AAGAAGAAGAAGAAGAAGAAGAAGAAGAAGAAGCUCGCGCAUGCGCUGUUGUUAAACCGGAAGUAAACAAGUAACUGGGCGUCUGCACGUGUAUCAGCGGGACGAGAGAGACGGUGAAUCCAAAACCAGAGUCCGAGUGAGUCCGGCUACAAGCAACAAAUUGAUCUGUGACUCAUCAUCAUAAGCCAUACCUCCUAUCAUCCUCUCUCCAUCCAUCAUGAACUCAUCCCUCCAGGGGAAGAAGAGGUCAUCACAGAGUCUGGAGGAACUUCCUGUUCCUCUCGACAUCCACACACCUGAGAGAAGAGUGAAGAAGAAGAAAGGUAACAGACAAAAGGAGGAAGAGGAUGUUGGUCUUUGUCCUCCAUCUGAUGGAGAGAUGGAAAUAAAGAAGAAGAAGAAGACAAAGGUGGAGGUGGAGGUUGGUCUUCCUCGUGCUGAUGAAGAGAUGAACAGCGAGAUGGAGAUAAAAAAGAAAAAGAAGAAGAAAAGGACAAGAGUGGAGGAAGAGGAGGUUGGUCGUCCUCAAGCUGAUGGAGAAAUGGACAGGGAGAUGGAGAUAAAAAAGAAGAAGAAGAAGAAGAAAAGGACAAGAGUGAAGGAAGAGGAGGUUGGUCUUCCUCCUGCUGAUGGAGAGAUAAACAGUGAGAGUGAUAGGAAGAAGAGAAAGGAGGAUGAGGAGAUCUCUGUUGAAAACUGUGAAACACAGAAUAAGAAAGAAAAGAGACCAAGUGAGGCCAUCGCCAUCAUGACCACCCCCCCCAGCAACACAGAGACAAACUACGCUGUUAGGGAAGAGAAGAAGAGUUUAACAAAAAGAGCUGGAGAUGAAGAUCUGCUGGACACUGCGUUGGUGGAGGAGCUUCAGGAGUUUGUUCCAGAUGUCAAAAAUAAAUCAGUCGAUCAGAUAAAGAAGCUGCUGAGAUACGACCUGGAACGCUUCAGGAACUUCAAACGACUAGGUGUGACGCUGCGUCGGGGGAGGUGCUCUCAGGAGGAGAAUCAGGGAAUCAGACAGAAUGUGUCCGACUUCCUGGCUCUGACGGGCAUCGGCUCAGCCAUACAGCUUCUGUUUCCUCAGAGGUGUAAAGAGGAGGAAGUGCAGAUCAGGAGGCUGAGGGCACGACAUCACUUCCUGGAGAAGAUCGCUGAGGGGAUCCCUCGGACAUGUCAACAAGUUUGCACCAGAGCCAAGAAGAUUUUUGAUGAUAGGAAUCAUAUGGGAAGGUUCUCGGAGCGGGAAGUGAGGUCUCUGAUCAAGUUACAGAACCUUCAUGGAAAUGACUGGAAGACGAUUGCUGGGAAGAUGGGCCGCAGCGUGUACGCUCUGGAGAAACGCUUCGCCAACAUCGCUGCAGGUCAUGGGUUGUGGAGUGAAGAUGAAGAGUCGAGGUUGAAGUCUGCUCUGAAGGCUCACCUGGAGGUCAUGGUCCAGCAGAGUCCUGGUGCUGGUCUGAGCAGAGACCAGCUGUUCAACAACCUGCCGUGGAAGGACAUCAGUCAGCAGGUUGGAACCAGGUCUUGGAGCCAGUGUCGCCUCAAGUGGUUCAGCAUGUUGAAGUUUAAACUGUCUCCAGGUGUCAGAAUCUUCAACAGAGGAGCGAAAGGCUUUCAGGCUAAAAUCCAUCUCAUUAACACAUUGUACAACAUGCGUGUUGAAGACUCUGCAGACAUCGACUGGGACGAGGUGGCUCAGAAUGUUGGUGACGUGACUACUGUGUGUGUACAGAAGACUUUUCACAGACUGAAAGUCUCCAGAGUUCCCAACUGGACCAGUUUACCAUACGGAGACAUCAUUGACUUCCUGUAUCAGAGGGAACUCCCCGACCUGAAGGAGAAACUGAAGAAGUGCAUAAGAGAACAGGAGGAGCAGGAUCAGGAGGAGAAAAUGUACCAGCUGUGUGACAUCAUCACCUCUCAGGACGACGACUAUGAGGAGGUGAACAACAGUGAGGUGAAUUCGAGUCGUUCAGGACACAGACGGAUGUGAAGUCAGCAGCCGGCGACAUAAGAAACAGGCCCCGCCCACUAGGCAGGACUUCCUGUCAGACUGAAACAUUAUAGCUGUGUCUAAAUUCAGAGGCCAUCUCCUUUGGCGUGGGGCUGCAGUUCUACAGGAAGGCUGAACUGAAAUGAGACGUCCUGUUCGACGGAGGAUUAAUGAACUAGCCUAACAACUACUCACAAUAAGUGCAUCAGCCAUGAGGGAACAAACCAGAACAACAACAAUAAAGAAAGUACAACUUCUUCAGAAAGCUGAACUACAAAGUGCUGUAAGGAAGUGACAUUUAAGUGUUACAACAUUUUUUGUUUAACAUUUUAUUAAAGGAAUAAGAUAAACCCAAGUGAUAUUUUCUUUUCUCUGAAAUCUAUCAAUUUUAGUGUCUGCCCUCAAAUUCUUGAUUUGGUCGCAGACACUUCUUAACAUUAGCUGCAUGUUAACAACAUUUAAGCUGCGCAUAAGCUACAUGCUAGUUACUGUUGGAGAAGAAAUCCCUGGACACACCUCAUUUGACAAAGCAGAUUUUCAGAAUCAAGUGAUCCUUAAGAUUUCUUCUCAGUCACCGCGAUCUGGAAUAAUCUUCAGUCGCCAGUUUAGAACAUCUACCAGCAGUGAAGGCACCUGGUUCCACUGGCUGAGCAGAGAAUCUCCUGUUGCGUUGUUUAUAUGAAAAACUAACUUUGGAGCAUCUAACAUUCGUGUGAAACUGCUCUUUACAUCGCUGUUCUUCAUCUGCUGUAUUUCCUGUUACUAACCAACCAACUGCAGAGAAGACAAUAUAUUUCCCAGUGUACUUAACUGGGGCAUAAUCUAUUGUUUAAAAUCGUCAAAGGUUAAGCACAAGUACCUAUUGUGAAAAAUUUAAAUAAUUGUGACAAUGUAGUUUAAACUAUCCCAAUUGCAAAAUGUUUUACAUCAUAAGAUUUGAAAUUUGAUUGAAAGAUAAGAGAAUCCUUUAUUAGUCCCACUUGGGAACUUAGUAACAUUACAGCAGAACGAGUCAGUGAGUAAUUGGUAGCAUGCACUAUAUGGUUUGUACUAGGGAUGCACCGAUAUGAACAUUUUUGGCCGAUACUGAUGUUUGUUUAUUUUGUUUCUGUUGUUAAUCAUUCACCCUUUUGUGCCAGGAAAAUAAUUAAAUCAUUAUUUAAAAAGCA